GUCUGCAUCUUUCUCCAUUUCGCCAACUGCUCGAUCUCUCAGGCCUCGGUCAGCCGUUCCUUUUCCUUCCACCUGAAGGCGCCGUCGCGGGCAUCGAUCGCCGCACCGGCGAUUCGGUGCACCUCCCUGCCCGCCCAGCAGGAUUCGGUGCGGCGGACGUACGCGGAAGUGACGCGAACCCCCAAAAUAUUCCACUUGUUUACAGUUGUCUUCUUCAAUCACCCCUCCCUCGUCGGCCGCGCUGCACGGCACUGCACUGCACGCCCCUCCUUCCUUCCCCUUUCCCUUUCCUUCCCCAGGGUGAGAGUAAACGCUGCACAGAACCUUCGUCUCCUCGCCUUCGAUUCCGCACAAAAAGGAAGCAAAGCACCCGCACGACUAGAUCGCCAGCGCUUCCCCCAUCUCCUGAGCCCCGAUCAAAUCGAUCGCCAGUGCCGGACGCCCCGAUCUCCCUUGUCCCGGACACCGGAGCGGAGAGAGUCGAUGGCGGCGUCGUGGGCUGCUCCGCCGUCGGGGUACCCGGUCGGGCACGGGCAGGCGUACGGCAACCAGCAGGCGGCCGCGCCGCAGCCCCAGUCCACGGCCGUGCCGGUGACCGUGGCGAGCAACGGCGUGGGCAACCCCUACGUGAUGGUCACCCCCGCGGCCGCCACCCCGUCCACCUGCCAGACCGUCAUGAAGGCGCUGGGCCGGUACGGCAAGCUGCUGGAGGACGGCACCCGCAAGGCUGCCGACGCCACCGGCAACAUCUGGCACCACCUGCGGACGGCGCCCAACAUGGCGGACGCGGCGGUGGCGCGGCUGUCGCAGGGGACCAAGGUGUACGCUGAGGGCGGCCACGACCGGGUCUUCUACCAGACGUUCGGCGCCAUGCCCGGGGAGCAGCUCCGCAAGGCCUACGCCUGCUACCUCUCCACCUCCUCGGGCCCCGUCAUCGGCACGCUCUACCUCUCCACGGCGCGCCUCGCCUUCUGCAGUGACAGCCCCGUCUGCUACCAGGGCCCUGCCGGCCAGCCGAUUGAGUGCAUGUAUUACAAGGUGGUGCUUCCCCUGAGCCAAGUGAGGUCGGUGAACCCUUCUUCCAGCACGCGCAACCGGGCAGAGAGGUACAUCCAGAUCACGACCACGGAUAACCAUGAGUUCUGGUUCAUGGGGUUCGUGAACUAUGACAAGGCUCUCAAGAAUCUCUACGAAGCCCUGCAGCACCGCGAUGUCCACGGCCAGAAACACAGUUAAUCAGGCUUUGGUUUGAUCCUACUUCUACUGCACUGUACCUGUCUUUCGUUCAUGAUGAACUGGGACAUCUAUUGAGCUGCCGUUCUUGAAUAAGAUAGACACUGAAAAAUUCUGAUGUCUUUGUGCUACUAAUAUGAUAUGUGCAGACUCUGAAUAUUAGAUGAAGAAAUAAAUCUUGCCCUGUGCCAUUGCAAAUUCGCACAA